UCACCCGGGACGGCCACAUGGCCGACGCGCUGCUGCUGCUCAUGCUGUACGGCUGGGCCAUCAUCCCGCUCAUGUACCUGAUGAGCUUCCUGUUUGCGAGCCCGGCCACCGCCUACACCCGGCUGACCAUAUUCAACAUCCUGUCCGGCGUGGUCACCUUCCUCAUGGUCACCAUCAUGCGCAUCCCAGCGGUCAAGCUUGAAGAACUUUCCAGAGCCCUGGACCACGUGUUCCUUUUGCUGCCCAACCACUGCCUGGGGCGGGCGGUGAGCAGCUUCUACGAGAACUACGAGACGAGGCGGUACUGCUCCUCGUCGGUGGUGGCGGACCACUACUGCAAGAAACACGGUGCGGCCCCCACCCCCACCCCACCCCCACCGCCCCCUGCUCAGUCCAGUCCUCAGGGUGGUGACCUGGGCCGGGGCUCCCUGGUUUUCCCAUUCUGUGCCCACAGUGUGCAUCCCAAGCGUAGGCUGGAAAGACCCACUGACUCUAUGGGCAUCAGCUCGACUGACAAGGUGAAAGGAGGUACAUAG